CACAAAUCUCAAACUUAUUAGAAAGAUCUAAUUCUCAUCCAUAUUUCCAAAAUGAAUUACAAGCUCUUAUCACUCUUCGCUUGCUUGGCUGUAGCGUCUGCAGCCAGUAUUCCAGAACCAGCUGAUCUUCGUGAAGCUUUCGAAACUGAAGAUGCCAUUUACAUUCCAAUUUCCAUUGAGGAAGCGAACCAGCUGAGGUUACCAAGAAGUGCUCCAAAGCUGGAAGAAGAAUCUGCCUUGUCAUAUAUUCCAGAUGCUGCGGAAGCAGAAAUCGCAGGACCUGCGUCUUCUCAUGGUCGUGUACGUCGUGAUGUUGAGCAAGUUCUUGAAACCGAAGAUGCGUAUUACGUCCCGGUAACUGAUGAGGAAGCUGAAGUUCUGAGAUUGCCCCGAAGCAUUGAUGAUCUCGCAUUAUCAGAAUACGAAGGAGUGCACGUAGAAAUUGUCGCCGAUGACGAAGUUCAACGUGCAAAAAGGCAACUGAACAUUCAGGGAGGCGGAAGUCCACAUUCUGGUUUCGAUCUUAGUGUUCAAGGACGUGCGAAAAUAUGGGAAAGUGAUAAUGGACGCAACACCCUUUAUGGUACGGGUCAAUAUGGUCAACAUUUGGGUGGACCCUACGGUAAUUCUGAACCCAGUUUCGGUGGUGGAUUAAUGUUCUCACAUCGUUUCUAAUUUAUAUUUCUUUGAGUGUAAAUUAUUAGCUAUGCUUGGUU